CCCCCAGACAUCGACGAGUGCCAAGUGUCCCCAGAAGAGCCACCGCCCUGCGAUCACUACUGUCACAACUACCUGGGUGGCUUCUACUGCUCCUGCCGGGCAGGCUACGUCCUGCACCAGAACACACGCACCUGCUCAGCUCUGUGCUCAGACCAAGUCUUCACCGCGAGGUCUGGGGAGCUCAGCAGCCCUGAAUACCCGCAGCCAUACCCCAAACUCUCCAGCUGUUCUUACCACAUCCACCUGGAGGAGGGGUUCAGUGUCAUCCUGGACUUUGUGGGGUCCUUCGAUGUGGAGUGGCAUCCUGAAACCCAGUGUCCCUAUGACUACCUCCAGAUUCAAACAGGCAAAGAGAAGUACGGCCCACUGUGUGGAGAGAGAGCGCCCCGCAGGAUUGAGACAAAGAGCAACGCUGUGACCAUCACGUUUGUCACCGAUGACUCAGGGGACAACAGAGGUUGGAAGAUCCACUACACAAGUACAGCGCAGCCGUGUCCGCAGCCGGUAGCGCCACCUAAUGGCCACAUUUCACCCGUGCAAGACAAGUACGUCCUCCAAGACAGCUUCUCCGUCGUCUGCGAGGUCGGCUACGAGCUCCUGCACGGUUCUCUGUCCUUGGACUCCUUUGCUGCAGUCUGUCAGAAAGACGGCUCCUGGGACCGACCAAUGCCAGAGUGCAGCAUUGUUGACUGCGGCCCUCCUGAGGAUUUACCCAACGGCCGAAUGGAAUACAUCACAGGCCCCGACGUGACCACCUACCAGGCUGUGAUUCAGUACAGCUGCACAGACACCUUCUACACAAUGAAAAGCAAUGACAGUAAAUAUGCAUGUGAGGCUGAUGGAUUCUGGACGAGCUCCAAAGGAGAAAAAUCGCUCCCAGUCUGCGAGCCUGUCUGUGGACUAUCGACUCGUACUACAAGAAGUCGAAUAUUUGGAGGGCAAAAUGCAAAACUUGGCGACUUCCCUUGGCAAGUCCUCUUACUAGGUCAAACUACAGCAGCAGGUGCACUUUUAUAUGACAACUGGAUCCUAACAGCUGCUCAUGCCAUCUAUGAGCAAAAAGAUGACGUACCAUCCCUGGACAUUCGAAUGGGCACCCUGCAGAGACUAUCGCCUCAUUACACACAGGCCUGGGCCGAGGCGGUUUUCAUCCAUGAAGGUUAUAUUCAUAACGCCGGUUUUGACAAUGACAUAGCACUGAUUAAAUUGAAGAACAAAGUUGUAAUCAAUAGUAACAUCAUGCCAAUUUGUCUGCCAAGAAAAGAAGCAGAAACCUUGAUGAAAACAAAUGACAUUGGAACUGCAUCUGGGUGGGGAUUAACCCACAGGGGUUUUCUGGCUAGAAGUCUAAUGUUUGUGGACCUACCCAUCGUGGACCAUCAAAAAUGUGCUGCUGCGUAUGAAAAGCAGCACUAUCCAGGGGGAAUGGUAACAGCGAACAUGCUUUGUGCUGGAUUAGAAGCUGGGGGCAAGGACAGCUGUCGAGGUGACAGUGGGGGGGCAUUGGUGUUUCUAGACAAUGACACACAGAGAUGGUUUGUGGGAGGAAUUGUGUCCUGGGGCUCCAUUAAAUGUGGGGCAGCAGAUCAGUAUGGAGUAUACACCAAAGUCAUUAACUAUAUUCCCUGGAUCAAGAACAUAAUUAAUAAUUUUUAGUCUGCAUGUCUGUAGUCAGUAAAUGAUUCCUUAUUUUUAGAAGUGCCUGCAUAUUUAGUGGCAGCACAACCCAAGAAGUAUCAACAUGGCAGCUGGCGUCAGCCCCACCCGACUCCAGGUCAGACAGUUCCAGCACCUCCAGCACCCAGGCUACCUGCAGUAUAAAACUUCCCUCACCAGUCUGUGUGCAUUUCUGCACAUUGCACACCUAGGUUCCAUUUGUUGUUCUUCAUUAAUCUCUAAGAGUGCUUUCCAUAACACAACAGAACUGGGUACAGGAAUAAUUUUGAAAAUUCAUUCUGAGGUGGUAGGAUUACAGAUAUCAAUCCUUUAGCCCAGGAAUGAACAAGAUUUCCAUAUUCAAAACCAAUGCCACAGUACUUGGGCAAGCUGGCACACUUGCAAUCCCAGCACUGAGGGAGGCUGAGGCAGGAUUCCAAGUUUGUGCCCUACCUGGGCACCCUAGCAAGACCCAGUCUCAACAACAAGCAAAGUCAGGGUAGCCUGAGAAUGUACCCACCUAGUGAUAGCAUGCUUGUGGGUUCAAUCCCCAGUACUGCCAA